CCCAGUUCAAAACGCAACGGCCUGGGCAGGGACAAGCAUAAACAGGAGAGACUCAUUCUAGCGUAAACUGCCGAACUCAGCACCUACCUCUCUCUUAUUAUGUUUUGUGGUAUGAAAAUCUGAAAACCAGAUAAACAGGAUUCUGUUGCUGGGCUUUGAUUCGAAUACAACUUUAUAUAAUGAGCGAAGCUGAAAAUGGAACUGGAAUACCUUCGGGAUUAAAUCGGAUCAAAACUCGAAAAAAUCGGGAAAGAGGUUUUUCAAAGGAUCAUCAACCGAGUUCAAAACCUAUCGAGUUCACAGAGUCAAGGAGUUAUGGAGUUUCUAGGCCUCCUCAAAAGCCAGACCAGAAGCAGAAGAAUGUGGCCCAAGCUCAAGGACACGGAAAAUUUUCUAAUUAUUCCAAACCAGAAGUCCCUAAAGGAAAGAAGAUAGCUCGGUGGUUCUCAUCACAUAUGCCCAAGUUAAACCGUGAUUCUCAGAAUACUGAGGUCUAUUACUCAGAAGCUAGAGGUAGUGACAAAGAAGUAUUUACAACUACAAGAACUAAAUUACUGCCCGAGGAAAACCAUUUGAGUGAAAAUCAAUUUUCAGCUGAGCGUGUAAGCAGUAAAGUAUCAAAAGGUUUAAAAAGCUUUUCACAUGAGCUAGGGCCAACGGGUGGCAUCCCUUCUACUCCUCCUCGAGCCCACAGCUACAAUGAUUUGAAGGAACUUUUGAUUACACUGCAUUCAAAAUUUGAUGAGGCCAAAGAAGUGGUGAAUACGGAGCUAGCUACUUUUGCCACAGAUGUUAGGAAUGUGCUUGAGAAAAUGGACUCCACAUUUUCAGAAGGCCAGGGAAUGGCGAAUGAUCUUCUUAUUCUUGCUCAACAGUGUAUUGAGAUGACAUCUUCUCUGUUCCGUAUUAAGUGUGAAACAAUUGUCCGAGAGUUGACUGAAAAAAGACAGCAGUGUCAAGCAGGACUAGUUAAGUGGUUAUUCACCCGUAUGCUCUUUAUAUUAACACGAUAUACCAGGCUGUUACUGUUCCAGAAAGAGAGCGAGCCAAUUGCUGAGAAAUCUAUUCAUAAAUUUAAGAAAUGUUUAGAAAGUAUUCCCACUGUUGAAACAAGCUGGGUGCCAACUGCUGCCUCUUCAGGUUAUGCUUUGUAUCAAGAGGGUGAUACUGAACACAAACUAACAGAUCAAAAUAAAGUAUCUGCAGUUCCUGAGGCCGGUCAGCACAGUUCUUUAGAGCCCCUAGAUCAGAUUCCUGUGGUUAUUGAACCCAAGUUGUCAUCACAGAAAUCCCAAAUUUACUCUAUUUCACAAGAGCAGCGGUUUAAUCAAGUUGAUGACAGAUUUCCUGAAAAGUCAGCAAAUAUUUCUAGUUAUGGUUCACUUUAUGAGCAGGAACAAAGUGUAGAUGGAAGUGAUUCAGUAAUCUGUCGGAUAUGUGAGGAAAUUGUUCCUAUUUCUCACCUGGAGUCCCACUCUUAUAUAUGCGCAUAUGCAGAUAAGUGCGAAUUAAAUUGUUUUGAUGUUGAUGAUCACCUGUUAAAACUAGCAGAGAAACUGGAACAGAUUAUAGAGUCAUGUAGUUCAAGUGCUAAUCCAACAAUUGGCAGCCCGGAGAAAGUACAAGCUACAAAUUCCGAAAUCCAAUUUGAAGGUUAUUCUCCCAAGAUAAGUGAGUGGCGAAAUAAGGGCUUUGAAGGAAUGUUUGAGGAUAUACAUGGGAUGGACACAGCCUUUAUUGAUGAUUCUCAUCUAAGCUCUGUAAACAUGAAGUGCCACGUCGGUAUGAAGCUUAGCCACUAUGGUGCAUCCUCCUCAACAGGAAGCAUUACAUCUGUGUCCUCUACGAAUACCCCCAGAACAGGUCAUUUUAACUCUUUUUGGUUGGAGCAAAACAAUCCUUCUGAGAUAGAAAAUGUGCAGCAGAUGAUUGAACUUGCCGACAUUGCUCGCUGCGUGGCGGAUACAGAUCCUUCUAAAGAAUGGUCCAUUGAGUUUUUGUGCGCUUGCAUGCAAGACUUGCGGGAUGUUUUACAGCGUAGCAAGCUCAAAGCUCUUGCGGUAGACACUUUCGGAAGCCGAAUAGAGAAACUUCUGCGGGAAAAAUAUAUACUUGCUUGUGAAAUUGUGGAUACAAAGAGUCCUACAAGUUUUAACAAACAUAAAGAAAAUUCUAGACUUCUGUUGGACAAUGCAUCUCAAAGUAGCACUUCUACUCCUUUGCAUUCAUCACACAAGGAGCGGACAAGCAUUGAUGACUUUGAGAUCAUCAAACCAAUUAGCAGAGGCGCCUUUGGUAAAGUCUUCCUUGCACGCAAACGGACAACAGGGGACUUAUUUGCAAUAAAGGUACUCAAGAAGUUAGAUAUGAUACGGAAAAAUGAUAUUGAGCGCAUAUUAGCAGAGCGAAAUAUACUAAUAACAGUUCGAAAUCCUUUUGUGGUUCGGUUUUUUUAUUCAUUCUCCAGUAGAGAUAACCUCUAUUUGGUUAUGGAAUAUCUCAAUGGAGGUGAUCUAUACUCAUUGCUCAGAAAAGUCGGUUGCCUCGAGGAGGAUGUGGCCCGUAUAUAUAUUGCAGAACUGGUCCUUGCUCUGGAAUACCUUCAUUCUCUUGGAAUUGUGCAUCGUGAUUUGAAGCCGGACAACAUUCUAAUUGCACAUGAUGGCCACAUUAAGCUUACAGACUUUGGGUUGUCAAAAAUUGGCCUUAUAAACAACACAAUUGAUUUAUCCGGACCUGAAACAGAUGGAACCAUGCCAUUAGAUUCUAAUAAUCCAGAUGGUCAACAAACAGAGGAUAGGAAUCAACACUCAGCUGUUGGGACACCUGACUACCUAGCCCCUGAAAUUCUUCUUGGAACUGAGCAUGGGUAUGCUGCCGAUUGGUGGUCAGUGGGAAUAAUCUUAUUUGAAUUUAUAACUGGAAUUCCACCUUUCACUGCUGAACGUCCAGAGAUCAUAUUCGACAAUAUUCUUAACAGAAAAAUCCCUUGGCCUCAUGUUCCUGACGACAUGUCGUUUGAGGCCCAAGAUCUGAUUAACAGGUUUCUUAUUCAUGAUCCAAACCAGCGCAUAGGAGCAAAUGGGGCAGCAGAGGUAAAAGCUCAUUCAUUUUUCAAUGGAGUUAAUUGGGACAGUCUUGCGUUGCAAAAGGCGGCCUUUGUACCACAGCCUGAAAGUAUAGAUGACACAAGCUAUUUUUUAUCACGGUUUGGUCAAAUUUCCAGUGGAUUUCCGGAUGAUCAGAAUAGUAGCAAUUCUGACAUUGACACUGAUGGCUUUUCCUCAAAUUCUGGAAUUGAGAUGGAUGAAUGUGCUGACCUGGCGGACUUCGAUUCCUCUCUGGAUUUAUCAUUAAUAAAUUUCUCUUUCAAGAAUUUGUCGCAGUUGGCUGCCAUUAACCAUGACGUCCUCAUACAAAACGGGAAGGAUUCAGCAAAGGGCUCUCCAAAGGUGCCGGGAUCUAGGUCAUAGUUUUGUACGAUGCAGCCAAACAUACGUUAGUGCCUUUGUGAGAGAGAGUGGGAUAGCUCAGGAAGAAGUCCAAUAUUUAUAGGGCACUUUUUUCUCUGAGCUCUUUAGUCACUUAUGUAAAUUUCAUUACUAAUAAUCUUAUACAGGUCUCAGAACUUGCGUCUCA